AUGCCGCUUCUGAAAUGGAAACUCUUUGAUCCAAAGGCUUUGAAUGGAGAUGAUCCCGAAGCGCUAGGCUUAGCCGAAGAAAUUUUGCUGCAAGGGGCCCAAAUAAGACGAGGGUUACUCGAAACAAAUACCUCAAUUGAAGGAUGUAAUUUUAUUAAAAUGAUGUCUAUGAUUCGCGACGAAACGCAAUGUGGUGACUCCCUGUUCGUAACGCUGCUCUCUGAAAACGGACAAGCUCCCCAAAGGCUUUCAGAAAAUGCAGCUGGAUAUGACCUUUUCAGUGCGAAGGAUGCUAUCGUCCCGAAACAAGGCCGUCUCCUUGUCCCCACCGACAUAGCAAUAGCAGUUCCUCUAGGCACAUACGGAAGGGUGGCGCCGCGAUCUGGGAUUGCCCUGAAGCAUGGAAUUGACGUUGGUGCUGGAGUUAUUGACGCUGAUUACCGAGGAAAUGUCGGUGUUUUGCUUUUUAACACAAGCACCGAAGCUGAUUUUUCGAUAAAAAAAGGGGACCGUAUUGCGCAAUUGAUUUUGGAAAAGAUUGCCACGCCCGAAGUGAGAGUCGUUCAGUCACUUACGGAAACUGUUCGUGGCUCAGGCGGCUUUGGAUCCACAAACUGA